AUGGCCGCAGAUCGUCUAAGCUCUCUCUUUAACCACCUCAAGGGUUCUGGCGGUGGAGUAAACGCCAUCACCCAGAAGAACCCCGAUGAUGUCGUUAUUACCCUCUCUUUGCGUACGCCUUUGACCAAGGCGCGCAAGGGUGGUUUCAAGGACUCCGAGUUGGAUUACAUUGUCUACGCUCUGCUGAAGGAGACUCUGGCCAAGUCCAAGAUCGACCCCGCGCUGGUCGAGGAUGUCUGCCUUGGCAACGUCGGUGAAGCCAAAGCCGCUUACAUGGUGCGGGCCGCCGCCCUGGCCGCCGGCAUCCCCCACACCGCCGGUGCCUCAUCAGUGAACCGCUUCUGCUCAUCCGGCCUGAAGGCCGUGCAGGACAUUGCCAACCAGAUCUCCAUGGGCCAGAUCGAUAUCGGUAUCGCCCUCGGCGCGGAGCUCAUGUCCGCUGCUGGCGACCGUCUCGAGCGCCCCUUCAACGAGGAGGUUCUGCGCAACCAGGAGUCUGCUGACUGCAUGCAGCCUAUGGGCCAGACCUCGGAGAAUGUUGGUAACGACUUUGGGAUCUCUCGUGAGCAACAAGAUCGUUAUGCUGCCGAGUCUUUCCGUCGUGCCGAGGUUGCCCAGAAGGCCGGCUGGUUCGAUGAUGAGAUUGCUCCCAUCUCAGUCAAGGUCAAGGAUCCCAAGACUGGCGAAGUCAAGCAAAUCACCCUGACUAAGGAUGACGGUAUUCGUCCUGGUACUACUUUCGAGUCGCUGUCCAAGAUUCGUCCUGCGUUCCCUCAAUUUGGUGAUAAGUCGACUGGUGGUAACUCUAGCCAGGUUACUGAUGGCGCCGCUUCUGUUCUCCUCAUGCGCCGCUCCAAGGCCAUCGAGCUGAACCAGCCCAUUCUGGCUAAGUUCUGCGGCGCCACUGUCGCCGGUGUUCCUCCCCGCAUCAUGGGUAUUGGCCCUACUGCCGCCAUUCCCAAGCUGCUCAGCAAAUUCCAGCUCGACAAGAACGAUAUUGAUAUUUAUGAGAUCAACGAGGCCUUUGCCUCCAUGGCUGUCUACUGUGUGAACACUUUGGGUCUCGACCACGCUAAGGUCAACCCUCGUGGCGGUGCCAUUGCUCUUGGCCACCCGUUGGGAGCUACUGGUGCACGCCAAAUCGCUACGAUUUUGAGCGAGGCACGUCGGACGAAGAAGAAGAUCUUGGUUACCAGUAUGUGCAUUGGUACUGGACAGGGUAUGGCGGGAUUGUUCGUCAACGAGCAGAUUUAA